AUGUGCAAAGAGUUAUCAAUUUAUUUAACUAAUCGUAGCAUGUGCAAAGAGGAUUUUGAAGGGUGUACUAUAAGUUAGAAAUGUUAUGGAUGUAUGAAAUAAAUGGAGGCUUUUUCAAAAUAUGUCAAUAAUUUUAAUGAUUUAAAAAUAAUUCUUUCUAAGUUUCAAUAAGAGGUUAAUGUAUUGAAAAGGAGUGUGAAGAUUUGCCAUUUACUCAGGAUUAUGAAAGUACGACAUAUUUAAGUGAUUGUAAAGUAUGUAUGGAAAUGUAUAUUUAAUAAAGAUGAGUUUAAUUUAUCUAUGUUAUACAAAUAAAUGGAAUUCAUUGUGUAAUAAGGUAGUGGUGUAAUUUUGCUGAGAAUAAAUUUGGUAUUGAAACUGAUGCUUAGAGUAAAAUAUGCCAAUAUCAUAAAAAUUAAUAUAAUAUAAAGAGCUGCCACACUGCUACAGAUUCCCUUAAGACCUAUCAAUAAUGCUAGGAUUAUGAAAAUAUAUUGGGUUGUGUUACUUCAUAAAAUAAAGUCUGUAAAAAUAAACCUGGCAUAUGAUGGUUAUGAUUUUGAAAUUGAUUGCUAUUUGAUAGAAUAAUAAGAUUUUAUGUGGUAUAAAGAUAAAUGUGAAUAAAGAUAAUUUUCUCAUGAUCUAAUUGAUUAUCGUCUUACAUAUUGUCAAUAAUAUGGGAAUUGUAUUGGGUAAGAAAAGAAUGAUGUUAAGUGGCACAUUAGUCAUGUGAAGAAAUACUGGAAGAAUAGUUAUUAUGAAUUAUAAUAAAUAUAUUAUUGGAUCGCAUAAAUGAAUAAAUAUUAUUAAAGCUGUAUAAAGUUGAAAAAUCAUAUUACAAAAAACAUAAUAUAUGCUAAAAAGGCAAGUUAAUAUUGCACAAGAAAUUUCGAUUUUAUUGGUUGAGAAGGCUAUUUUGUGAAAAUAUUGGAGAGAAAGAGUAUUGUUGAUUCUAAAAAUACUGUUUUGCUUGUUGAAUUCGGCAUGCAUAGAGAAGUGAUGCAAAACUCCUCCAUCUUGUAAUAUUUAUCAGGAAUGUGA